AUGACCAAAGUUGUGCUUUUAAGAAUCGGUGACCGUGGUGAGCCGGUGGUUGCAAACAGCCAUAAGGGUGUCUUAACGUUUCCAGCAUGCCCUCCUAAUUUGGAUGCCCCCGAAGACGCUCCCCUGUUUACCUUAAGAUUUUAUAUAGUCAGUGGAUCGAAGAUAUGUAACGAUGGUAAAAUUUGGACUAACGUUAGGAACAACUACCACGAUGAAUUUGAUAGAUUUAAGUUCACCUCCCAUGACAUUGAAACUUCGAUAUACAAAGAUGUUAAACUAGACAUCAAAAUUUUUUCUCCAGGUUCAUACUCCUAUUAUGUUACCUACUCUGACUUGAAUGCACAGGAAGAAGAAGUUGAAAAAGUUUCUGAGACUUACAAUUUCGUUGUUCCACCUUCACUAUUCAUCAAUAAUAAGUACUUGACUUUCAAUUCAAUCAGCAUGCAGUCAGUGGUCUCCAAGUGGGUUGGUAACGAUUUUAAUCGUGACUGGAUACCGCUUUUAGAGAAUAUAAGGGAUAAAGGUUACAAUAUGGUCCACUUUACCCCUUUGCAAAAGCGAGGUGAGUCCAAUUCUCCUUAUUCCAUUUACGACCAGUUUCAAUUUGACGAUGUUUUUAGAACUGAAGACGAUGUCAAGAGAAUGGUGAAUCUCUUACAUGAUAAAUAUGGUAUACUCUCAUUGACUGAUAUCGUGUUUAACCAUACGGCUAACAAUUCAGAUUGGUUAAAAGAGCAUCCUGAGUCUGGUUACAAUGAAGAAACUGCACCUCAUUUGAUCCCUGCCAUUAAAUUGGAUUCCCUUUUACAAGAUUUUAGUGAGAACUUGACGCAUUUUGGCUAUUCACCAUAUAUUGAAAAUGAAAAUGACCUACAAAGGAUCAUGGAUGGUAUCAAGAUCCAUGUUCUAGGUGAACUAAAGCUUUGGGAGUUUUAUAUUAUUAACAUUCCAGUUCAUAUUAAUGAAUUGGAAGAAUACUGGAAGUCACCUAAUAUAACUUUUGAGAAGGUUGAGAUCCCAGAAGAAACCACUUCCAACCUAAAAAAGUUGGCAGAUUUCAUUGUCGAGCAUUGUAAGGUUAAGGACUUCAAUAUCCUAGGUGAAAGAUUUGCAAAUAAGCUUGACAUUAAGAAAUUUGCCAAUAUUUUAGCAAACAUUUAUGGCUUUGACUCUGAAACUUACGAAAUCAAGGAGAAUGCCAAGAUAAUUUUAGACGAAAUCAACUUACCUCUAUAUCAUGACUAUGACGCUGAUAAUGAAGUACUGUGCACGCAGUUAUACAAUAGAUCUAAAUAUCUUAGGUUGGAUGAAAACGGCCCAAAGCUAGGCGAAGUCACAAAAAAGGCACCUUUAACUGAACAGUAUUUUACCAAAGUCGAGGAUAAGAAUGGUAAGGUCUGGUCUUUAGCAAACAAUGGGUGGAUAUGGGGCGGUAAUCCAUUGGUGGAUUUUGCAUCUUCUGAGUCUAGAGCUUAUUUACGUAGAGAAGUUAUUGUGUGGGGUGAUUGUGUAAAGUUGCGGUAUGGUACCAAACCAGAAGAUUCCCCUUACUUAUGGGAAAGAAUGAUCAAUUAUUCAAAAAUGUCUGCCAGAUUAUUUGAUGGAUUUAGAAUCGAUAAUUGCCAUUCAACACCAAUCCAUGUUGGUAUUGCAAUGUUAGAUGCUGCCAGAAAAGUCAAUCCAAACUUGUAUGUCGCCGCAGAGCUUUUCACCGGAAGUGAAGAAUAUGAUAUCAUCUUUGUCCAGAAAUUAGGAAUUUCCUCCCUAAUCAGAGAAGCAAUGCAAGCCCAUUCGGUAUCAGAAUUGUCAAGGUUAUGCCACAAGCAUGGAGGUAGACCAAUUGGCUCUUACCGGUGGAUUCCUUUAGAUUCAAUUGCAUACCCAGCAAAGAAAUCUGAGUAUCUUAAAUCAUGCGAUGAAGAAAUUAAAUUUAAGUCAGAAGUUCCUAUCCCACCACUAGUUACGUCGGAUGAGCCACAUGCACUUUUUAUGGACUGCACUCAUGAUAAUGAGAUGCCAGCCCAGAAAAGAACUGUUGAAGACACUCUUCCAACUGCCGCCCUAGUCGCCUUUUGUUCGUGUGCAAAUGGAACUACCAUGGGUUUUGAUGAAUGUUAUCCUAAAUUGCUAGAUGUUGUAAAAGAGACUAGAAAAUACUCUUAUGGUAAAGAUAUGGGUAUUGCCAAAGUGAAGAAACUCCUAAGUGACAUUAGACAAGAUAUUGCAAACCAGAGCACUGACGAUAUGGAAAGAAAUGAAACUUAUGUUCAUCAUGAAAAUGAAUUCAUUACUAUUCAUAGAUUCAAUGCAAAGACUUGUAAAGGCUAUCUACUGGUUGCACGUACUAAGUUUUAUCAGGAUGGGGAUCAAACUCUGAGUCCAAUAGUUUUGCAUGGUAUGAAAGCAACUCCCCAGUUUUCAUAUGCUCUUUUGGAUAAGUCUUACGAAGAUGGUGCAGCUAAAGGAGAUGGUUUUAUUCAUCCUAAGAAAACUGAACUUCUUAAGUUGGAUCCACUGAAGUGUGACUUUGAUUUAGAUUCUUCAACAACAACCAUCUUCACACCAGGAUACUUUCCUCAAGGAUCUAUCGCAGUUGUUGCGACUGAAACUAUUGGUUGUGGUUCUGAUUUAGAUGACUUUGUCAGAACGGGCGCGUUUGAAGCUGCUAAAGAUUUGACGCUAAAUGAUAUCAAUGCAAUUUUAUAUAGAUGCGAGUCUGAGGAAAGAGAUGCGACAAAUGGAGAAUCAGGGGUAUAUUAUGUUCCUGGAUAUGGUCCACUGGUUUAUGCUGGAAUUCAAGGCUGGGUUUCUUUGCUGAAGAACAUUAUUGAAAACAAUGAACUAGCCCAUCCUUUGUCUAACCAUUUGAGGGAAGGGAAGUGGGCACUAGACUAUGUGUCGAAUCGGUUAAUACCUUAUGAAAAUGAUGAGAAUGAUAUCCAUAAAUUUAGGAACUGGUUGGAAUCCAGGUUUUAUAGGCUCAAAGAUACUCCAAACUUCUUGAUUCCAAGAUUCUUUGCUUUGAUUGUUGGUGUUGCUUACGAAGCUCUAAGAUUCAGGGCACUUCAACUAAUGAGUGACAUGAUUCAAAAUUCCACUGUGUUCAUUCAAAGUUUGGCAAUGGUAUCAGUCCAAAUGGUUGGAAAAACAAAUAGCGCAUCAAUUGAUCCUUUCAAACAAAUACCUUCCUUGGCUGCUGGCUUGCCCCAUUUCAGCCAUGAUUUUAUGAGAUGUUGGGGUAGGGACGUUUUUAUUUCGGCUAGAGGACUCCUAUUAUCCACAGAGAGGUACUCAGUUGCGAGAGAUCAUAUCUUAUGUUUUGCUAAAACACUAAAACAUGGUUUGAUUCCAAACUUGCUAGGAUCUGGAAGGGAACCAAGGUAUAACGCCAGAGAUGCUGUUUGGUUUUACUUGCAAUUUAUUCAAGAUUAUAUUGAACUAGUUCCUAAUGGUUCAGAUAUUUUAAAGGAGACAGUCAAGAGAAGAUUCCCAUUAGAUGAUACCUAUGUUCCAUUUGACGAUCCUAGAGCAUUCAAAACCGAAUCUACAAUUGAGGAUAUUAUUUAUGAAGUUCUAACUAGACAUGCUAGAGGUAUCAAAUAUAGGGAAGCCAAUGCAGGGCCUCAGAUUGAUUCUCAGAUGAGAGAUGAAGGCUUUAAUGUUGAGAUCCACGUUGAUUGGAACAAUGGGUUAGUGUUUGGUGGUAAUCCAUGGAAUUGCGGUACAUGGAUGGAUAAGAUGGGUGAAUCUGUGUGUGCAGGUAACAAAGGAUACCCCGGUACACCAAGGGAUGGUGCAGCUAUUGAGAUCAACGGGUUGAUGAAGAGUGCCAUUAGGUUUGUUAUUGAAUUGAAUGAAAAGGGACUAUUUAAAUACGAUCAUGUGAUCAAUCAACAUGGCGACAAAGUUACGUUUAAGGCUUGGGACAAGUUGCUUGUGGACAAUUUUGAAAGAUGCUUUUACAUUCCAACCCACCCAAGCGAAGAUAAGAAUUACGAUAUCAAUAAUAAAGCUGUUCACAGAAGAGGAAUUUACAAGGAUCUCUACAAGAGUUCCAAAGAAUAUGAAGAUUAUCAACUAAGAGGAAAUUUCCCUAUUGCUUAUAAUGUAGCUCCUGAACUGUUCAAAAGAAAGCAUGCGUAUGUCGCUAUAAGAAUGACAGACAAGGUGCUAGCUGGUCCAAUUGGAUUGAAAACAUUGGAUCCCCAAGAUCAUGAUUAUAGGCCAUAUUACCAUAAUGGCAUUGAUAAUUCUGACUUUGCGACCUCGAAAGGCAGAAAUUAUCACCAAGGGCCUGAAUGGGUCUGGAUAUAUGGUUACUUUAUUAGAGCUUUUGCAAAGCUUCAUUUUGAGGAGAUUGACAGAUGCACUAUUGAUAAAUGCAUUCCAAGUCAGUAUUUAUACCAAUUAAUUUGGAAAAGAUUGAGCAAGCAUAAAAAAUGGUUAUCUGAGAGUGAAUGGAGCGGAUUGACAGAACUAACCAAUCAAGACGGAGCCCUUUGCCCAGAUUCGUGUCCUACUCAAGCUUGGAGUGCUUCAUGUAUUUUAGACCUUUACAUGGAUGUGUGGUUUGAGUAUGGGCGUGGCUUCAGGCAAGUUGAUGUUUAA